AUGGUCCGGCAGGCGGCAGAGGUCACCCUGUGCAUAAGACUGAGACUCAGGCCACCACGCUUAUGGUUCGGCGGCUCGGCCGCUCAGAUGGCGUCGUCCUCGAGUACAUCCACUUCCAGGGUACUACUUAGUGUAAGACUGCCCAACCGAGAGCUUUAAUCUCUAGAGAACGUGUUCCUAAAAGUAAUACCGGAAAGUACAAGGAAAGAGGUAACUCAGAUCCAAAGAACAUGAGUCCUCGUGAUCGAAUCGAAGAAUUCCCAGGGGAAAAUUUGUGUCUUUGA